CUCAAUUACGAAGCAAUGCCCCUAUUAACCCUCAAAUACAACACCCCUUUCAACGAGAAAAAUGCUGCCUACAGUGGCAUCCACUACCAAGCGAUGAGACUGGUGUCUGACAUCUACAAUGAGAAUAUUGAACCGUCACUAGGAGGAAUCACAAAGCCACUUAUACCACACUACAUCACCGUUGAGAACCUGACGCCCUGGGGCGCCAAGGACAGCAGCAGCAGCACCACCACCAACAACAACAACAACAACAACCUAGGAAACCGUCUCCGACCUGCCGACUACAGCCACUUGCAGUGCGCCGAAGGACCCCGGUACGACGCCAGCCCGUUUCCGUGUGAUGAGCAGAUCAAUCAGCGAUUCGUAAUCUGGCAGGGUGACAUUUCGCUGCUGGCCGUCGAUGCGAUAACCAAUACCACCGAUGAGACACUGACCGAGAAGAAUCGAAUUUCCAAGAAGAUUUUCGGACGAGCCGGUGCUGCCCUAACCUCCGCUGUGGUGCACGACGUCGGAAGAUGCAAAACCGGUGAAGUUUGCGUGACGCCAGGAUUCUUUCUACCUGCAAAGUACAUCAUCCACACCGUUGGACCGAUCUACAGUGAGAAAUACCGUUCCGCGUCCGAGAGUACGCUACAUUCCUGUUAUCGAAACGUUUUGUACAAAGCGAAAGAGCUAGGAUUAAGAACCGUUGCUUUAUGUGAUAUUAGCUCAGUGCAGAGAAAUUUCCCACCAGACACAGCUGCACACAUAGCACUUAGAACCAUCCGCCGCUUUCUGGAGCAAUACCGCGCCGAGAUUGUGAUAGCCUGCCUUGAACCGAAUGAGCGCGGCAUCUACGAGGUACUAGCGCCGCUCUACUUUCCCCGCGACCCGCUCGAGGAACGAAGUGCCCUGUGGCAGCUGCCGAAGGACAUCGGCGGUGCGUAUGGUGAACCGCAGCUAGCCGAUCGGCAGAUCCGCAUCAUUCACAAUCCACAGCACGCCGUCAUGAUCGAAGCUGACGACGAUUCCGAUACCAGUCCGCACGAUUUGGAGAUGGGUUCCGAUGUGGAGUAUAACAACAUCAAUCUCAGCCUGGCCGCCCACCUGACCGGAGGAACGCACUCGUUCACACACAUGCAGGGAGACCUUGACCGGCAGCGGUUAUUAGGCGAUCGUCCUCGGAUGGUAUACGAGAGCGUAUUGGACGAAGGCUUAGAAGGAAUCGAACACCAAGAAAGAUACAAGAAGAACCUGAAGGCCUUCUACAUCGUACACCCGACGUUCUGGACCAAGAUGAUGACCUGGUGGUUCACAACCUUCAUGGCGCCGGCCAUCAAAACCAAGGUGCACUCGUUGCCCGGCGUCGAGCAUCUGUACUCCGCCAUCGCCAAGGAUCAGCUGGAAAUCCCGGCCUACAUCACCGAGUAUGAUAUGGCGACGAAUGGAAUCCACUACUUCCAACCGGUCACCAACACCUCAUCGCCUGCGUCCUAAAAGGGGAAAGAAGAAGUUUCCCACCGAGAAUUAGAACAAUCAUCUCACUCCUCAGCAGCAGCAUCCGGGCCUCCGGAGAAGUUCAUCCUCAUAACCAUAACCAUUAUUUUCCCGGCAAACUUUCCCUUCCGUACUCGUCGAUAGCACCACACCAAUACGGACAAAACAUUUCGUCGUACUGUUAUAAAUCUCAUAAAUGUCGCCAACACUACUAUAUGCAUGUGUGAACGCACGUUGCCGUCGUCAUUUUGGUCAAUCAUCGAUCCCAUUCGAGAGAAAGAACUUCUCACGCACCGUUCUAAACGAAACAAAAUGAUGAAAUCUUUCUGCUUCCUUUCCACCGGUUGAAUUCGAAGGAGGAGUAUUGUAACUAUUAUUACACGAAAAAAAAAAUUAGACCUAAUUCGGAUCGAGUGGACAGAGGUGGAAGUCUUACAAAACGCAAUCUAUUAGAGAGCAAGGUGAGAGACGCACGCGGAAGCUGAGAAGGCGAACACGGGACUUGUAGUAGCUUAACAGAGAUAUACUAUUCUUAACGUUUUACGGAGCAAAAUGAUUAUAAGUAACAACAAAAACAAAAAAAAAAAAGGUAUAUACAAUUUAACAAAGCAUAGCAUCUUAUUUGCUAGAGGAAAAAAAGUGAAUACAAGGGUUAAUUAACUAAUAAUGAAUUUACAGAAAACACAUGUGUGAACGGUGUCCCAACUUGGCGUUUCUACCGUGAAAAAUGCAUUAUAAAAAUUUGAUUCUAACAAAAUCCCGAAGCAAAUUUUCCACGGGUUUCUGCAGAGGUACAAUAAGAAAUUUUCCCUAAGGUUUUCUCAGAUUUUCCUCCAAGAAUGACGUUAGGAAUUCCUCCUAAAUUUCGUCUUAAAAUUAUUUUCCAAGAAUUCUUUUAUUUAUUUUAAUCAUUCUUCUAGAAGUUCUUCUGAGAGUUUUUAGCAUCUUUUCAAAAACUUCAGCUGUACUUAGUUUGGAAUUCUUUUAGGGAUUUCUUCAAAAGGGUGUCUUUCAGAUAUUAUUUCAAAUGAAGUUUCUUCAGUGGUUUAUCCACAAUGAGUUCAUUCACAGAUUUUUCCAGAAGGAGUUUCUUCAAAGAUUGCUCCAGGAUGUAUUCAUAAAGGAAUAAUUUCGGGAUUUCUCUUGAAGAUAUUUGUGAUAUUCCUCCAGAAAGAGUUUUAUAUGGGAUUCUUACAGGAAAAGUGUCUGAGUAAAUUCAUGUCUCCACGAGGAUUUAUUUCAGGUAUUUUUUAGGAGAGAGAAGUCUAUGGAUUUCUCCAGGAGGAGUUUCUUCAGGGGUUCCUUGGGAGGAGGUUUAUCAGGGGCUCCCCCAGUAAAAUUUUAUUAUUGGAUUAAUUCUUCCGUAAGAAGUUCCUUCAAAAAUAUCUCCAUGAGGAAUUCUUUCAAAAGAAGUUGUUUCAAAGAUUGCUCCAAAGUGUAGAAUUAGCCUAAGUUAAAAUACACGUUGAUAAAAAUAAAAAAAAAGAUGUAGCUCCAGAUGUGGUGCCUUCAGGAAUUCUUGAAGGAGAAAUUCCUUUAUAGUUUAUGUCCGAUUGUUUAUUAAGUAAUUUAUGACAUUCGGACACGCUUGUUUUGUUUGCUUUUUUAUCGUUCUGGAGAAAAGUGCUUUUCACUUUUGAAUAACAUGCGAUUCUCAUUUGAGCCAUAAGAGAAGUUUCAUCAGGGGUGCCUCCAGGAGGAUUCUUCAGAAGAAGUUCCUCCAGAGAUUCCUCCAGAAAGAGUUUCUUCAGAGGUUCGUAAGGGAAGAGUGCCUUCAGGGGUUUCCCUACGAAGAGUGCCUUCAUAGAUUUCCCCAGAAGAAGUUCCUUUGUGGAUUUCUUCAGGAGGAGAUUCAUCAGGGAUUCCCCCAGGAGGAGUUCUGUCAGGGAUCCACCAAAAGAAGUUCCUAUAUGGAUUUCUUCAGGAAGAGAUCCUUCAAUGUUUCCUUCAGGUUGUGUCCCAUCAGCGAUUUCUACAGGAGAAGUUCCUUCUGGGGCUCCUCCAGCAGUCCAAUUCCUUCAAUGAUUUCCCCAUGAGGAGUUUUUUUUUUCAGGAGUAGUCUUUUUCAGAAAUUUCUCCAGUAGUGGUUCCUUCAGGAUAUCCUGCAAGAGAAGUUUCUUUAUGGAUUCUUUCAGAAAAGUUUCUUGAGAGGUUUCUCUAGGAGUUCUACCAGAAGAACUUUCUCAAGGGAUUUCUCCAGAAGAAGUUUCUUCAGAAGUUUCACCAAAAGGAGUUCCUUGAAAGGUUCUUUAAAAAAGAGUUCUUUCAAGGGCUCUUCCAGGAAGAGUUCCUUCAUGCAUUCCUUCAGAAUAAGUUUAUUCAGGGAUUCCCCCAAAAGGAGUACUAUCAGAAAUUCUCCAGAAGAAAUCUUCCACGGAUUCCUCUGAAGAGUUUCUUUAGAGCUAUCUCCAGAGUGAAUGCACUCUUGGUCACGGGUUUCCCCAGAAGGAGUUCUUUCAGGGAUUCCUAUAAGAAGAGUUCCUGCAGGGGCUGCCUCAGUAAACUUUUCAUGAUGGGUUAAUUCUUCCAGAAGGAGUUCCUUCAAAAACUGUACCAUGAGGAAUUAUUUCAGACAUUCAUUCAUAAGAUGUUUCUUCAGGAACUGUUUCAGGAGAAGUUCUUCUAGAGAUUGCUUAUUCAGGAGUUCCUCCAGGAGAAGUUCCUUCAGGGGUAUCUCUACGGGAAGUUCCUUUACAGAUUCCUUCAGGAGAAGUUCUUCCGGGUGUUUCCCCAGGAAUGUCCUUCAGGGGAUCUUUCGGGAGUAGUUCCUUCAAAUAUUUUUCCAUGAGGUGUUCUUUUAGGAGGAGUUUCAAAAGUUUCAAGUGCAUAUUUCUUGAUAAAAGCGCCAACUGUAACACCGUGCACACAACUUUGUUAUAGACUUAGAGAAAGAAAGAAGAAGUAUUUAGGAGAGUAGGCGUGCAGUCAACGUGAGAAACAAAAAUUGUUAUUUAGAUGAGCACCCGCCCUAUGCCAGAAAAUUAGAGACCCCGCAAGAAAAAAAGCACAGCAAACACAGCAACAGCAACAACAAACAACAAUCCAAAGAUGAAACGAUAUCGUAUAAAAGGGAAAAUUUAUGCUGCUAUGCGGCUUUUUUGUAGUAGUGCGAAAGCUUGACCUAGUCGAAAUGCUAUACGCGCACGCCUAUGAAUAACGAUAUAGCCCCCGAUUUUCAAACACACCACAAACACAUACCAGGCAGAAAGACAAAUCCCCCGUACUAGCACUCAGUUUAAGAGGUACACGAUCAUCCUUGAGAGGGUGGGAUGAGAUGAGAGAAGAUGAAGCCAACGCGUCUGUGAAAUAUUCACAUACACUUAGAGAGGAGAGAAAGCAAAAUCGAAUUCCUUAAAAUUACGAAGCAAUUUCUUGAAAAGAAGCCAUUUUUUAGAAGCCAUUCAGUAAGUUUGUUGUUAAAGCUAAUUGGCAGGAGAAGACAACCGGAGCGAACUAGUAGAUAGAUAAAAUGCGCGAGAGAAGGAGUAACUCAUCCGGUGGUGUUCUGGGAGAUCCCAUGCGCGAUGAGGUAGUUCAUAGUAGCAUGUUUUCGUUUUUGAGGUUAUGGAAUGUUUCGUAGCGACAGGAAAGGUGCUUCGGACGGCUUGAAACUGCGCCAAAGUCGACUCGUGUCAUAGUGAGAGAAGAGAGUCCAGAGAAUCGUUUGUUAUACAAAACGCGUAAACCCAAUUUGUCUUUCUCGAAACCGUUGUUCUGUUGCUAUUGUUUGAUGCAGAAAAAAGUGAUUAAUCAGCCAAAACAAGUUGAAGUGAACCCCGCGGAAAAGUUUAACACAAAUGAAUGGAAACCGAAAUUCUAACCUAAACAAUGUAUGCCAUUUGUAGACGUACAUAUUGAGAGCCACCAUAAAAAAACGGGAGAGAUCUAUUAGGAGUACUAAUUCGAAGUCGAAAUUACAUUUUUUUCGAUCAGUGGUUAAAUUCUAAUGUUCAUAGGGUAUAAACUCACAGACACUGUAAAAACACUCGGAAACUCUCGCUCGCUUUGCACUAACCAAAGAGAGUCCCUAAAAAUUAAUCAACACAAACACGCACUCGCACUCAACGCGAUGCAAAAUAAAAAAGAAGAAUAGUAAACAAAAUGUUUUCCUCGAACUUUUUUCGUCUCUAGUGUCUAUGUGUUAUCUUGAAAAGACUUGUUUAAAUUUUUAGGAGAUUAUAGGUUAACUUUAAGCAAAGCAGCCAAUGCUUUUAUUUACCGUUCUAUUAUCAUAUUAUUAUUGAUAUUGUACUUGUACAGGUAGGAGUCGCUAACACAGCAAAGCAGGCAAAACACUAACAGAGGUGGAGCAGGUGAAUGAAAAGUUAUAAACUUGACGUAUUCACGCCACCAGCAAUGCGCCAACAAUGCGGAAGCUUUUUUCGAACCUGAUCAUAACCGUACGCGCGAAGAACUGUUGCAAAUCAAAUAAAUUUAACACAAGAACAAAAAAAAACAUGUUGUAAAGUAUUGUUGAACAAUUAUUUAGUGACAAGAAAACAUACAAAAAAUGUACUUAGUAAGGACAAGCAGAAAAAAAACGAACGGAAACAGUGAAGACCGAAGAACAACAGCAGCAAAUAACAAUAAGAAAAAAAAAACAAAAUUCAAAGCUAGGAUAUUGGCUCCAGUAGCCUCCAGAGUAAGAUAGUAGACGCGAUUGAUUAGUUUGGUAAGAGAUAAAACUUCACACACGCAAGUAUUCUGAUUUCGGAAAAUAAAGCAAGAAGCGAUAGGAAUGUAAAGUUUUGUUGGUAAAAGUUUUUGAAACGAUCCAAAAA